AUGUCGCUCCAGCCCGCCCAUGACGUGCCGCUGCUGGUCUCGUCGCCCAACUCGGCCUCGGAGCGCCGCGUCACGCCGUCAUGGUCCAUUAGCCACCUGAAGACCCGUCUCGAGCCUGUCACCGGUAUCCCGGCCUCCUGUCAAAAGCUCACUCUGCGGAUCGGCUCGCAGGCGCCCGUGCCUCUCGAUGCGCCAAACGAGGACGCAACCCUGCUCUCUUCCUUCCCUCUGCAGCCAUACGCCGAGAUCUACCGCACCACCUCUUUCGCUGAGCGACCGUUGACGCGCGCCUCAUCUGCAUCAUUUGUCAUCUUCUUCCCGACCAUCCCUACUAACUCUGCCAAACAGGUCGACGAUACGCGUCCCGCCGCCGCCCGGACCGACUUUAGCGAUGUCUCCGCCGUAGAGAAGUACGUGAUGCCGGCCGACGAGUACGAGACCCGCUCCGACAGCGUGCUCGCCUGGAAGAAGGCCCAGAAGCUUGGCCGCUUCGACCCUAAUGCUCCGAGCAUCGAGGAGCAGAAGGUCAAAGCGCUGGAGCGCGAGGUCGAGGAAAGAGGCAUCACCGUAGGCGCCCGCUGCCAGCUCCUCCCCGCCUCCACCGACGGUCGCCGCGGCACCGUCUCCUUCAUCGGCCCCAUCCCCGAGCUGCCUCCGCCCGCCGGGCCCUGGAUCGGCAUCACCCUCGACGAGCCGACGGGCAAGAACGACGGCUCCGUCAAGGGCGGCGCCCGCUACUUCCAGUCCAAGCCCAACUGCGGCGCCUUCGUCCGCCCGGAGAAGGUCGAGGUCGGCGAUUUCCCUGAGGUCGACGAGUUUGCUGAGGAGAUGGAGGAGAUUUAA